AUGUUAAACAUAGCAAACCUAAACCCACAAGAAAGCAAGAAAAGACCAUCAAAGAAACUUAUUUCAAAAUUCAUGGGUCCUUUUAAGAUUGUUCAGAAAAUUUCAACAGUAGCUUACCAAUUAGAACUUCCUAAAACCAUGCGUAUUCAUCCAGUCUUCCAUAUAUCCUCGUUAAAACAAUAUUAUCCUAAUGAAGACAAAGACACUACCGAAUCAACCCAAG